AUGAGUUUGACAGUUUUGAUACCCAGAAAAUAAUCCUGAAGCGCACGAUGAUGAGUAUGUGCAUGUGAGAAAUAUUUCAAGCCGUUUGAUCAGCGUUUUUUGUAUAAUUAAAGAAAUUAGCACAAUUUUUUCUACAUUCGAAUAUAUGAAAUGAUCUCAGUCCACCGAAUUGUGUUCCUCAGCUGUUUCUCUGCAUUUUUUGUUAACCGAGCCGCAUCUGGCGUGAUUGAACUCGAUGACAAGUUCCUGGAUACUCACAAGGAGGGUCAAUGGCUCGUGAUGAUGUACGCGCCUUGGUGCACUCACUGCCAACGAUUGGAGCCAGUCUGGGCUCAUGUCGCGCAGAAUCUCGAUGCAACUUCCAUCAAAGUAGGCCGACUUGACUGCGCGAGAUUCACUGGUGUUUCUCAACAUUUUGAAGUUCGAGGAUUUCCCACUAUUUUAUUUAUAAAAGGCGAAAAAACAAGCAUCUACACCGGUGACCGCACUCACGAGGAAAUAGUAAAAUUUGCGCUCCGCCUGAACAGUCCUCCAGUACAAGAAAUCACAAAAACCGAGAAUUUCGAUAAGAUAAAAAAUUUUCUAGAUUUAUACUUCUUAUACAUAGGAGAGAGAUCAGGUGAUCUCUGGGAUGUCUACCAGAGAACAGCAGAUGUCUUCCAGCCUUUCGCAUUUUUUUACCAAGCCCAUCCUGCAGUAGUGGAGAGCCACGCUCCAAUGGAAAAGGUUCCCUCGAUCCUUGUCUAUAAGGAGAAUAUACAUUACGGGUUCACAGGGGACGAUCAGAUUGACCCAGAAAAGCUCAACAAUACAUUGUACACUUGGGUGAACGCAGAACGUUUCCUUACGUUUCCACAAGUGACGCGAGGCAACAUAAACCAAUUAUUCCUGACAAAUAAGUACUUAGUGAUGGCAGUGAUCGAUGAAAAUGCUUCUGGAGCUGUAGCCCCAGAUAUGUUGAGGUUUCGUAACACUGUGGAGUCUGUAAUAGAAAAGAAACGAGAAAAAUAUCACGAUCACUUCCAGUUCGGUUGGAUCGUGAAUCCCGAGUUAGUGAACAGUAUUGCAUUGAUGGAGAUGCCGAGGCCCAGUUUAAUCGUGGUGAAUACCAGCACAUCCCAUUAUCACACACCAGAGAAUGAUCCUUGGACAUUAACACCUCAGGUCAUCGAAAUAUUUCUGGAGCAGAUCAGAAAUGACACUGCUCCGAAGUACGGGGGCAACAGCAUUCUUGUACAGGCCUACAGAUUGUGGUUCGAUAUAAGAACGACUCUCAUCGGGAUGUGGAAAGGAAAUCCUAUACUAACGGUUGUUCUCUUAGGCCUUCCCACUCUGUUUUUCUCGUUGAUUUGUUAUAUAAUCUGCUGUCCCAAUACUCUUGAGGGUGAUGAUGAAGAGGAGGAAGAUGAGUUCAGCAGUCAUCCUCAUUCGCAAUGAAGUCACAAAGGGGUGGAAUACGUUAACGACAAUGUUGACAUCAAGUUCGUACCUGAGAGAGAUUGAGAAGUCGAGCUGCAAGAUGAGACGUUAAACAUCUAUCCUUAAUAGUUUUACCAACAUAGUGGAGCUGAUGGAAGCAUUCAAAUAUUACGUCACGCGAUUUUUGGACAUUUUAGACCCCCUCUUCCCCCUCCGUCACAAGACCGGCACAAGCGUGAACCCACCCUUACAUAUUACGUCACAAAAUCAACGACUUCCCCCCCCCCUACUUUAUAUAGAAAACAAUUUUAUAUUUAUUUUUUUUAAGGUAAAAAAAAAGCACUUGAAUAAUCAGCUCUUUUUUCGAUACUUUCUGAAUAUGCCAACUUAUUAUCACAGCAUUCAAAUAAUAAUUUCUGUUUGUAAAUCGUUUGGAUACUUGAGAGAAAAAAAAAUCUUCAAAUAAUUAGUCUCAUGAGCAAGUCAAACGAAUUUUCGUUAAAAUGAGUGAAAGGUUAUUUGAAAACCCUGGUACAAGCAGAUGUUGUUGAUCAAUGAACGCUUCAUGGCUCCAUUCUUCAUCUUCGUCAUCUUCAAUAUUACAUGUGACUGCCAAAAGUUCCUUUUGACAGUUGACGGCAAUUCGCAUAGAACGCACAUUUGGAAUAACUGCCAUGACCCACAGUGUCGCUGCUGGCUCUUUCGAAUUGCAGAGUCAUGCAUAAUAAACCUCACAUUUUUAGCUUUGUUUCUAGAUUGAUGUCCGAAUUCCUUUUCGUGGAAGGGACGGAUAAAAAAUAGUACUAUUUCGUCACUAGGCCGAAAGAAACUUUUCUGGCGAAUAUGAGUUUACAACACGAGCCGAAGGGGAGGAUUGCAAUAAUAUGAGCUAGAAAAGUUUUUUUCGGCCGGGUAACGGGCAUUAUUUUUUGUCAUUUGUCCGUAGACCGCGAUUCAUGGACGCGCAGCGACCGUGAAACGCUGUCCUACGGACUAAAUGACAAAACGAUGCAUUCCUGAAGUUUGAAAUUGAAAAAAAAAACAAUAUGGCGUGACAUCACAAUCUAAGCAACGCCCCCUCCCCCUUCCGUCGCAGCCGUCACGAAAUGCAGACCCCCCUCACCCCCUAAUCGCGUGACGUAAUAUUUGAAUGCUCCCUGAUUUUGUCAUACAUUUUUGUAUACUUGGUCUGCACAAUUAUGAUUGACUCCAUUUGAGGUAGUUGUAAGUCAAUUAUGUGACGAUUUCUUUUUUUUGGCCUCCAUGCCAAUUCACUGUAAAAGCAUUACGACUACAUAAAAUCGUAAGAUCAAGCAGCGAGUAUAUACAUCUUUCCAUAAUCAAUCAAUUUAAAAAUUAUGAGGUGGAAUUCGAUUUUUUUCUGGUUUCUUACAUGAUUUUCAGAUUUUGAAAUGAAAUGAAUUUCUGCACACAUUGUUCACCAUUGCUCCUGAGGGUAACGAAUUUUUGGAAGGAUCCAUUGUGCGUCGCUCUAAACUAUUUCUCGUCCGGCGUGACAUUUUUUCGCUGAAUCCAUGGCUCUCAAUAUAAAAUGUCUGAAUGUUUUUGCUAUAAGACAUUGAAAGAAUACGUUUUUGUGAACUUCGAGAUAUUGUGUUCAUUAUUUUUUAGUGUAUAUUUUGUAGAAAAUGAAAGGCUCUUUUAAAUAAACAAAAUGGAGGAGCGUCCAGGGCGUAUAAUGGUAGGGUUUCAUCUCCGAUUUGAACUAUCUAUUGGUUUUCUUGAAUUUUCUUGCAGAAAGUGUUUUGUAUCGUUGUUAUUCAAUAUUAAGUAGGUUCUGAUCCUUUGCAACGUUCUCAAAACUCAAUUAGAACAAUAAUUUUAUGACAAACUUAUUUGGAUGUGUUGAAAGUUUUUUAAUGUUUGUUUCUU